AUGAGCUGUUCGGGUGUUAAGACAUCAGAGAAGAAGAAACUGCAAAAGGUCACAGAAUGCAUCAGUGGUAUGCUUCCAUUGGCCAAGCGCAAAAAGCUGCUGAAGCUCAUUGAUGGUACAUAUUCACAUGUCUUUGUUGAAAGCCUGCGGACACUGGCGAGAAAGAGUUCGGCCAUAGAAGAACUCCAUGAAGCAGCAAAGAGGUCAGGCACGACCAUUGUUGUUGCCGAUGCUGGACCAGAUGUCUUCAGUCCUGAGGCUAGUCCAGCACAGAACUUUCAAAGACGUGUGCUGGCAGCAGUCACAGAAUUUGAGCGUGAUGUCAUUGUGCACAGGCUUUCAUCAGGCCUGAAGGCAAAGGCUGCACACAUGAAGCACAUCACAGGAAAAACAAAGGUGAAAGUCAAUGGGCGGAAAAGCCACCUUGAACAUGUUCUAGAAAGAUUGGGGGAUGACAACAAGAAGAAGUGCACAUUGAAGAAACAGUUAACAACGUUGUGCAAAGUCCAGAAGAGUGGUGGCCUAACUUGGCGUGAGCUGGCAAAGAAGGCGUCUGCCUGCAUGAAGCUGAAGAAGAAAAUGGGCAAGGAUGCUGCAGUGACACUGUCCAAAAGCCUUGGUGUCAUCAAGUGA